CGGGCAGCCCCCAAAACACGAGCAAGGAGAACGUGUGGACGAGCGGGAGUCACAGCCAAGUGGACGAGCGGGAGUCCGCGCAACGGUCCGGAAGUCGCGGGGCUUGCAUUCAUCGCAGCCCGCUGCAGACACAAAUGGCAGUCUCCAGCCUCGACGCGUUGGGCGUCGCCCCGGAGGACAUGACGCCCGCCGAGGCCAAGGAGCUCGCGCGGUUGAUGGAGCAGGUGCGCGCGCUCGAGGAGGGCACCUCUACGACACAGCGGAGGGAGACGCCGGCCCUGUUUACGGCAGAGGAGAAGCCGCAGCGCACGAGGAAACUCCAACGACCCAAAAGCGCGAGAGCGCGCUACCCGUCGAAGACGCUCGCGCGUUCAGCAAAAGACUUUGCGAAGAAGCAGCAAGCGUUUCGGGCCACGGAAUUACGAGAAAAGGCCGAAGAUAAACGGAACAAGGGCAACGCGUCUCCGGUCAAGGAAGAGCACGAUGAUGCACCGGUGCCUCCCUCGGAGCCGCCCAAGGACGUCGUGACGCGCGUCGUGCUAUGGCCCGAGUACGCUUUACUGAGAGAUGGUGAUGUCAGAGUGCAUGUCGAGCGGCACUACCGCGAGGCGCCUCGAGGUGCACAGGCGCGGCGCGCUAGGCCUAGGUGGCAAUUAAUAGCGGCGGCCGAACGGGCGCGACGGCGCUUGUCAUUAAGGUUAGAUGCUCUCAGGAGGUACGGCCCGCCGGAGCUGCUGGGCGAUGCGCGCGUGCACAGUCGCGGUGACCGACGGUCAUCUCAUAGAGUGAGGUGUGCGAAACUACGCUUAUUACCUCAAAGUGUCGAGGUCGAGGAGCCGCCGCCCGCACCAAUAUCAGGGAGACUGGCUCAGACCAAAGAAAAAAUAUCAAGGAACACGCCCGCGUUACAUAAUGGUAGGAAUGCGCCGAAACAGGUGCCGAUGCGGGAGGUCUGCGGCUUCUCGGUCCAGGUCGCGGCCCAUGCUAGAGGUUCAUUAUAUAUGGACACCUUACACUCUACCUUAGCGAGAAAAGCUCUGGAGCGGAGCGGCGCCAAGCUGAGGCCACUGGGCACGUCGGAUUUGGUCGAGGGCUUGAUGGGCUGGCUCGCGCAUUUGGGCAUGCCCGUGUCGUCUGUAGAUGCUCGUAGAAUUGAAGAAUAUGAAAAUGAACGCAUCGCGAGGGAUCGCGCCGACGAGGAGGAGCAGGCCGACGCGUUGGUGAGGAUGCUUGUUGGUGUCGCGGGCACGGACGUGGCUUAUGGUUCGUUAGUGGACCACUUGAGAGAUGCAUUGGUACGCGCGCGAAACGCGGCGACGCCGGACGAUUCAUCAUCUGAGGACGAAGAGGGCAAUGAUUUGGCGGCGUUCGGCGCUCGGGCUUAUAGGGAAGUACGUCAUCGCGUCGUCGACGUGGCGCGUCGAAGGGCGGCUAAAAGAGCGGUGGUCGCGGAUGGCGCCAACCCUGACGACGCGGCGUUGGUACUGCGCCUCGCCAAAUUAACGGACGAUCACGGCCUGGACCUCCAGGAGAUAUUUCUGGAUGCGCCGACGGCGGCGGGCGCCGUGCGGGCCGAUGUGAGGGUGCCCGCGGCGCAGCUGCGGACGGGAUUGAGAAGGAUGCUGUGCUGCCUCGCUGAGGAGGAGUUUGAAGAUCCUGGGGACGUGUAAUAUAGGCGUCCUUAACUUAGGCGGACAAUAUUCCAAAAUUCAU